AUGAGUUUGUUUUCCGGAAAGAAUUUGCUUGGAACUCCUCAUCGAGUUUCCAACGGGUCUAACAAGAACAAGCUUGAAUUCACGCCUAUAGGCGUAUCGAAAGGUAGAAAUAUUGGAAGUAUAGGUGGGUAUGAUUUGUCACCGCCAAGGUCCAAAUCAAGGUCUACAUACACUGCAAGGCAGCCAUUAAACGAACAUAAAAUAAAUCAAUCGUAUAACGAGUCAAGCUUUGAUAAUACGCUAGAUAACUUCAACACAACUAUCAAUUCAUUCCUGAAACAGCCGAUUUCGAGUAAGAAUACGGCUGCUUCUAUACCACCUAAAUUGUAUCCCGAGCGGAACCAUAUUUUGAAUAAUGGGAUGAAUUCAAUCAAAGAACAACAAGUGGAAAACCACAAGCUUGAAACAGAGAAUUAUAAUUUGAAGAUUAAAUUGGCCACACUAACACGAUUUUUUGAUCAGACUCCGGAAGAACAACGUGAAUUGGUUACACAGAACAUUGAUUUGAAGCAGCAGCUCAUGGAGUCAGCAAGAGAAAUAAAGCAGUUGAAAGAAGCGAUAACAGACUUGCAAUAUCUGUCUAAUAAGGAGAAUUCUGGCAAUUCAGCUCAAAACAUAGAAGAAAUGAGAUUAGAAUACAAGCAACUCUUGAAUGAAAGGGAAGCAAAAUUAUCCGAAUAUGAAAGACAAAUUAUGUCCAUGCAAGAAGAGAUGGUUUCUAAUAAUAACCACCGCGUAUCAGACGACUUGUUAGAUAAACUUGAACAUUUGCAACUGGAUAACCAAUCAUUAAGACGUCAAAUUGACUCAUUAAAAAUCACCAUUAACCAACUAGAACACGAUAAUGAUGCCGUGGGCAACAACUUCGAUGAUAUUCACGAACAAUUGGAAAGCAAGGAUGUCCAGAUCCGAGAUUUGCAGGCUGAUUUAUCGAAUUGGAAGGAAAAAUACGAGUUUUUGAAUUCUGAAUACAGAGGUUCUACAGAUUCAAAUAACGAUAAUCUUAAGCAAUCAAAACAAGAAAUAAUGCACUUGAAUUCAAAAAUUAAAGAUCUUGAAUACAAAUAUAUGAAUGCCAAGAAUAUGCUAGAACAGAAAGAUGAAGAUUUAAAUAAGAUGAUGGAGAGUAUAAAUGGUGAUAAAAACAUUGUCGAUAAACUUGAUAGGAGGAUUGAUUCGUUAACAAGACAAUUGAAAGAAAAGGAUAAGGAAGAGUACAAUUUGCGAAGCCAGAUUAAAGCUUUACUUGAUCAGCGAACGUCUAAUAAGGAUAAUGAUUAUCAAUUUUACGAAUCAGAAAUCGAGUCUUUGAAACUCAAGGAGAAGCGAGUUUCAGAACAGAAUAACAAAUUAAGAAUCGAGGUAUCUGAAUUGCAAGAUCAGCUCUACCAAAUUAAUACCAAUUCGAAUAGUCACGACCAAAGACUAAAAAAGCUUCAGGAGCAGAAGCAGGAACUUCAAGAUAGGCUUGCAUAUUAUGAAAAUGAAUACGAAAUACUAGAAAAAGCUUUUAAUAAUGCUGAGUUGGAGUCUGAUUCGCUUAAAAGCCAACAAUUAAAGGCAGACGAAAGGAUUAUAAACUUGGAAAAUGAAAAUCAAUUGUUACUGAAACAGUUGAAGAGUAGCUCCGCAAAACUGAAUAAUUCAGCGUUACUUGAAUUAGAAAAUUUUAAUAGAAAACAACUUGAAACUGAAAGAAAGCAAUUGAUCGAAGAAGUUGACUCUUUAAAGUUUGACUUGAAAAGAGUUACGAAUGAAUUGGAAUUUGCUAAGCAUAAUAAACCUGUUGACAUAAAUAAUCAAUUUUUGGACUCUGAGUAUCAGAAAUUACUUAUGGAAAAGAACAAAUUACAGUUCACAGCUGACGAUAAUGAAAUAAGGUUCAGAGAGUUAGAUGCGAAGUGUAGAAAGCUUCAAACCAUUAUUGAUGACAAAGAGUCCAUAAUUGAAAACUUAGAGGCUAAAGUUAGGGAGGUCGACCGUAAUAAUAAAUUGAAAUUUCUUGUUGAAGACGACGAAAAAACUGAGUUACUAAAAGCCAAGUCAAAUAAUGAAUCAAAGAUGAGACUUUUACAACUUGAGAACGAAAAUUUACAGAAGGAAUUUGAAACCCAAAUUAAUUUCUAUAAGAAUAAACUAGAGAUUUUAUUGCAACGUCAAGAAGAGGACAUAUAUAAUAACAAUCACAACAAAAAAAAUUACGAAAAUCAAUCUUCGUCUAUUGUUUUGUUACUUGAAAAACAAUUAGAAGAUUCUCAAGCUCUACGGAAUGAGAUUUCCCAAAAGCUUAGUGAUCAAAUAGCUACAAAUGACGACUUAAAAUGGAAAUAUGAAAAGCUACAGAAAGACAACGAACAGCUUGUUGAACUUAGCAAUGCAUUUGACAAGAACGAAAAAUUUGUUAAAUUAGAAAACAGCCAGCUUGAAAUGAGAAUGAAAAAGCUUACACAAGAAUUGAACAAUACAACCAGACACUGCUCUAAGCUAGUAAACAAAGUGAAGGAAUUUAAGCAACGUGAAUUAAUUAAUGAGAAAUAUAAAACCGAAGACAACGACUGGAACAAAUCUCGUUUAACAAGUAAAUGUCAUGAUCUACAAGCACAUAAUUCAUAUUUGCAAAAUAAAUUAGACAAUAUUAAUUCAAAACUUGCGUCGACUUAUAUUUCCUCCCCUUCAGAUAAUUCUAAAAAGAUAAAACUUUUAGAGAAUGAAUUACAUUACUAUAGGGCGAAAUUAUAUGAUAUAAAUUUGAGAUCUAAUGAUUUAGAAAUCAUGUAUCAAUUCGUUAUGAAUGCUAUCAAGAACUCAAAUAGGUUAAUCAAGAAUGAUAUCAUAAAAUUGACUCAAUGUGGCAUCUAUCCAGAUUAUGCCUCGAUGAAUUUGCAAAGAAUACAAAAGGGCGAUAAAUUAUCCUUCAAAGUCUUAUCGAAGUUCGUGUUAGCUAUGGUAAGGAUUAGGAGAAGAUCAGAAAAAGCUGAAAAAAGGAAAAUUAGACUAUUCGAAUUAAAGAAUGAAAUAGAAACAGACAAGAUCACCUUACUUGAGUGA